UGAAGCUUAGCCGCUUGACAGAACCCAGGUGUUGCUCACCUUACACCAUAGUUUAAGGCGUGCCGACCAAGUCACUCACCCAGGCAGUCGCAUCAUUAAGAUCUUUCUCGGCUGGUGGGGUUAUAAAGCCUUCGAUUUGCCCCGCGGCCACAGUCCAGCAACAUCGUCAUUUCAUUUAUGAAAAGCAUUCUCAUAUUCCAGCAUGGCGACACGGCAAAUGCGAAAGCUGCAGAAGCAGCAGGAGCUUCUCAGACUGCAGAAUGAAGCAGAACGAGAAGAUGACGAAUCCGAGGACGAGCCCAUUGUUACGAAGCCCAAGCCCAAUGCUUUUGCAGGAUUUGCCGCUCUUGGAGGGGGAGACGAUGACGACGACGAUCAGGACACCGAGGAGGAAACCAGAGAAGCCGAGGACGUCCCAGAACCGGUAGCCCCCGCCAAGAAGAGUAAAAAGUCCAAGAAGAAGAAGAAGAAGGGCAAGAAGACCGAAUCACCUGCCGCGGAAAAGGAGGAAGAAGAUGAUCUGGAUGAGAUCGAUCGCGUUCUUGAGGAGCUUAAGCUCAAGGACAACAAGAAUCCUGUCUCGGACAUCGCCACUUCUAAUACUGCCAAUUCGACCAGUCAAAUCAACGAGCUCUUGCGCGUCAACUUUCAGCAUCUCAAGGCUAUCAACGAGAUGCGCAAGCUGUUUGGCAGUGCCAUUGAAGCAGCGCGAGCGGAACAGGCUGCUGAGGCUAACAGCCGUCAACAGCAAAGAGGAGCUGCUCGGCAGAACGUUGACCUCGAAACCUUCCUUUCGGUCCCGCCAGCAGUUCAGCAGCAGCUAGGAAAGAGGAGCAUGUUUGAGACAGUGUUGCGCACGAAUCCCUUUAUCGAGGGCAAGAAGACGUGGCCUAGAGACUCUACUCGCGGUCUUAAGAUGGUGCGUGUCACCGAGUCCUUCAACGGUGAGCCUGGUGUCGCCGAGUUUGCUUUUGCGCAUGACAAGACAUACGACGCCCUCGAGGGCAACUUCUAUGGUCUCGUUCAGAUGUACGAUCCCAUGCAACUCGUCUACUUCUUAUCCAGGUACCCUUACCACGUCUCGUCGCUCAUCCAAGUGAGCAAGGUUGCCCACCAAGACCAGAACUCGUACCUAGCCCACGACCUCAUCGAGAGAGCCCUAUUCACUUUUGGCAGGGUCAGUCUGAGUGACUUUCGCAAGCGGUUGGGAGAUGGCACCGCAAGACUGGACUUCAACCGACCCGAAAACAGGCAGUUCUUCUUGGCUGGCUAUAACCAGAUCAAGAACCUGGUCCUCAAGGGAACCUACCGCACGGCUCUGGAAUGGGCCAAAUUCGUCCUCAGUGUCAACCAUGAUGACCCCUAUGGCGUGCUGAACUGGAUCCACAUUCUAGCUAUCCGCGCAUACGAGGCCAAGUGGUUCAUUGAAUUGUGCAACUCACCCCUGAUUGCCAAUUUGGGCACCGGUCGCUACGUCAAGGCUACCCUCCCCUUGGCCAAGCUUCAGCUGAAGGAUAACGCCGGAGCACGCGCUGCUGCCAUCGAAAGCAUCGAGGAACUCCCCUGGCUUUUCUGCGCCCUCUUCAGCGCUCUCAACAUCGAUACCCCACGCUCCGUUUGGGGUGUCCAGCCCCGGGAUGACGAGGAAGCGCUACACACCAAGCUCUACGUCCACCUAGCCAAGGACAUCUGGAACAAUCCGGCCGCGAUUUCCCUCCUGACCGAGGCCGCCAACGCUGCUCGUAAGGUGGACUUCUUUGGCCUGCCUCCCAGCCCGGUCGUCUCGCUCGCUACAGCCCGCUUCGUGUACUUGGACAACACACCCGAGCUCAUGUCGGCCGUUCCGCGCAAGAUGUUGCACACGGCGUCUCCCAAUUUUGACUUUGACCCUCUCCCACCCCCAAAGGAGGACAACAUCUUUUCCAGCCCGACUCAGAAGAUGCCAUGGAGCAUUGCCGAGGGCGACGGCGAACAUAGACAGACGAGGCUGCAUGAACAGGCGCAAGCUGCGCUGCAGAUGGCUAGAGCCCGCAUGAACGAAGACCAGCUCCGCGCCGUGGUGGAUGAUGCUCGUGCGAGAAUCGACGAUCCUGAAGCCGACGAGGAGCAGCGCGGGGUGUGGCGGAGGAUCGUGGAUGUUUUGACGGGUCAAGGAUGGACAGGCGGAGCAGGAGGCGUCGCGGAAGGAGGUGAAGGUAAUCAGAGAGGUGAUGUCAUGCCUGGGGGCUGGGAAGAUGAUUUCGAUGAUGGAUGGGGUGAUGAUGACUUUGAAGACGAGGAUCACUGGUAUGAGGAUCAGCUUGAUCCUGAGCUCGAAUUGGAGUUUGGACCGGGUGGCACACCCAACAGGAGGGCGACGGUUGAGGAUGCGGAGGAUAGCGACGAGGAGGAGACUGCUCGGAGGUAGAUGUUCCUCCGGAGAGUAUCAUUAGGGGAAAAGGGAAAUAGAUUACUGGAAGACUGCCAUUUUGGACAGUAGUGUAGUAG